AUUUUUUAAAGUUUGCUUUGGAAUUAAUUUAAUAAUUUUUCAAAAUGAAUAAUUUAACAAAAUUCAAUAGGAAUAUUGUAAACAGAAUGAGUCUUUACAGAUCAAUUAUAAUUACAACUUCUGUAGUAAAUAGAAACAAAAGAUUUUAUGGAUCUUAUUUUUCGGCAAAAAAUGUUAAAAGUGGAUUUUUAUUAUCUUGUGGAUUAUGUUGUGGUUUAAUUGGAUAUAAUUCUUUUAAAGAUUACUUCAAUAGAUUCCUUCCAUCUCCACCAACUGUAUCUGCUUCAACAAAAACCAGCCCGAGACAUCAAUUUAAUUUUAUCGCAGAUGUUGUGGAAUCAACUUCAAAAUCUUUGGUCUAUAUCGAAAUUCAAGAUACACGAAGAAUGGACUAUAUGACUGGAAAACCUGCAACCGUUUCAAAUGGUAGUGGAUUUAUUGUAUCAUCGGAUGGUCUUAUUUUAACAAAUGCUCAUGUUGUUAUUAACAAACCAAGAUCGAUUGUAUCCGUUAAAUUGCAUGAUGGAAGAACAUUUCAAGGUUUUGUAGAAGCUGUAGAUCCUAUAUCCGAUUUAGCCACAGUGCGUAUAAACUGUAAAAAUCUGAAUGCGAUGAAGCUAGGAAAAUCGUCAGAUUUAAGAGCUGGAGAGUGGGUUGUCGCGCUUGGAUCUCCAUUAUCUUUAUCAAAUACUGUGACAGCAGGAGUUGUAAGCUGUACUCAACGGCCAUCGCAAGAACUUGGAUUGCGAGGAAGAGACAUUAAUUACAUUCAAACAGACGCUGCAAUUACUUUUGGUAAUUCAGGAGGGCCACUGCUUAAUUUAGAUUCAGAAGUUAUUGGUAUUAAUUCAAUGAAAGUUACUGCCAAUAUAUCAUUUGCGAUUCCAAUAGAUUAUGCUAAAAAUUUUCUCAAACAAGCAGAAGAAAGAUUAAAAACUGGCAAGACAACUCCUGAAAGUGUUUCUGGUAAACGUUAUAUGGGAAUCACGAUGUUGUCUUUAACACCUGAUAUUAUUUACGAAUUAAAGCAGAGAGGAUCUUCAAUUCCUGAUAAAAUUCAACAUGGAAUUUUGGUUUGGAAGGUUAUAAGUGGUUCUCCUGCAGCUGUAGGUGGCUUAAUGGCAGGUGAUAUAAUCUUAAGUAUCAAUGGACAAGAAGUUACAAAGUCUUCAGACGUUUAUGAUAUUUUGGCAGAAAGUACUGGAUCGAAAGAUAUUCUUAUGAUGCAUGUUUGGAGAGGAAAACUUAUAAAAAUUGCUGUUACACCAGAAAUUGUUGAAUAAAAAUAAAUCAUAGCUUCAAUUUAGAAUAUUUAAAAACAUUGUUCUUUUUAUUAUAAAUUUUU